AUGAAAACGCCAAAUACAAAAAAUCAACUGCUGGGAAUCAUUUGUGUUUUUGCUAUCUUCGUCAUCUCCAAUGGCAGAAGCAGAACCAUGAACUCAAAUAAUCAGAAGAUCAGAGCCGUUAAUCUUGGAGGUUGGCUCGUCACUGAAGGCUGGAUGAAACCUUCUCUCUUUGAUUCCAUCCCAAACAAAGAUUUCUUGGAUGGAGCUGGACUUCAGUUUAAAUCGGCAACGAUCGGGAAAUUCCUUUGUGCCGAGCUCGGUGGAGGAACAAUCAUCGUUGCAAAUCGUACAUCUGCUUCCGGCUGGGAAACUUUUCGGUUGUGGAGGAUCGACGAGACCAAUUUUCACUUACGGGUGUUCAAUAAAGAGUUUUUAGGACUUGACUCCAACGGGAUCAAUUUGGUUGCGGUUUCGACUAAUUCUGAAACCUCUGGUAUCUUUGAGAUCAUAAAAAAAUCCGAUGAUUCAAGUCAUGUUCGGAUUAAAGCACCAAACGGGUUGUUCUUGCAGGCAAAAACCGAGGAUUCGGUUACAGCCGAUUCAAACGGGGACGGGCAGUGGCGAGACGACGAUCCUUCGGUUUUUGAGAUGACCAAAGUCGAAACGAUGCGAGGAGAGUACCAAGUGACAAAUGGUUACGGUCCAACAAAAGCACCAAAAAUCAUGAAAGAUCAUUGGGACACAUUCAUAGUGGAAGCAGAUUUCAAGUUCAUUGCAACCAGCGGAUUAAACGCUGUGAGAAUUCCAGUAGGAUGGUGGACUGCUAGUGAUCCGACACCACCUAAGCCUUACGUAGGAGGAUCUUUGCAUGCCCUUGACAAUGCCUUCUUAUGGGCAAAGAAAUACAAUCUCAAGGUGAUAUUGGAUUUACAUGCCGCUCCCGGGUCGCAAAAUGGUUACGAGCAUAGCUCCGGUAGGGAUGGUUUCAUCGAAUGGGGCUUAACCGAUGAAACAAUACGACAAACUGUUGACGUCAUAGAGUUCUUUACUGCUAGGUAUGCGAAAAAUCCAAGCUUGUACGCAGUCGAGCUCAUAAACGAGCCUCGUGCACCAGGAGUCCCGCUAAGUGUAUUGACCAAGUAUUACGAGGCUGGAUACAAAGUUGUACGAAAGCAUGCUCCAAAUGCCUUUGUGGUUCUAUCGAACCGACUUAGUGGUGAGCCAAAAGAGCUCUUUCCCGUUGCCAGUGGCAUGAAGCACGUUGUCGUUGAUGUUCAUUACUACAAUCUCUUUUCGGAUAUCUUCAACGACAUGACUGUAGAACAAAACAUCGAUUUCAUCCAAACGAAUCGUUCUGCAGAGCUACAAGCCAUCACGACAGCAAACGGACCGCGGAUCUUUGUUGGGGAAUGGGUGGCUGAAUGGCAAGUUAGAGGAGCUACUAAACAGGACUUCCAACGAUUCUCGGAAGCUCAACUAGAGGUGUGGGGACGUGCGAGCUUCGGGUGGGCUUAUUGGUCGCUAAAGAAUGUGAACAAUCACUGGAGUAUGGAUUGGAUGAUCAAAAAUGGUUAUAUUAACCUCUAGAAAUGUACAAAACCGUCCUUUAUCAACCAAAAUGUAUUUGUUUAAUUCGAAUAUACAUACGGUAUAAGUG